AUGGGAAAUGAUAAAACUGCAAUAGAGAGAUUCAAGGAGUAUCUACACUUCACUUUUCAUAUUAAAGACCUGGGGGCACCCAAAUACUUCCUUGGAAUAGAAAUUGCUAGAUCCGAUCGUGGAAUUUCCCUUAGUCAACGAAAAUUUGUGCUUGAAAUUAUAUCAGAGGCUGGUUUGUCGGGGUGCAAGCCAUCGGUCAUUCCAAUUGAGCAAAACGUAAAAUUGACCACCAAGGAUUAUGAUGCUGGAACAUCUGAGGAUAAUGAUCCCAUCCUCAAUGAUCCUUCAGGUUAUCAAAAACUCGUUGGGAAACUGAUAUACUUGACUAUGACCAGACCCGACAUAUCAUAUGCAGUGCAGACUCUUAGCCAGUUCAUGCAUAGUCCAAAGUUGUCUCACUUAAAUGCUGCUUUGAAGGUUGUGAAAUAUUUGAAGAAAUGUCCAGGACUAGGGAUUCUUUUAUCCAAAGAUUGUAACAUGGAGAUGUUGGCAUACUGUGAUGCGGAUUAUGCGACUUGCCCUAUGAGUCGACGAUCCAUUACGGGUUUUUGUAUUAAACUUGGAAACUCUCUUCUUUCAUGGAAAACCAAAAAGCAGGCUACUGUAUCAUUGUCUUCAGCCGAAGCAGAGUAUCGAGCUAUGGCAAAGACCACCUGUGAGAUCAUAUGGAUACGAGGUCUACUUGGGGAUCUUGGGAUAAAGUUAAAAGGCCCGACUAAGUUGUUCUGUGACAACGAUGUUGCACUCAAACUUGCAAUGAAUCCUAUAGUACAUGAAAGAACAAAGCAUAUAGAAGUGGAUUGCCAUUUCACUCGAGACAAGAUUCAAGAAGGGGAAUGGUAUAGGUUUGUCAUUGUCGAAAAUGGAGAAACUGCUUGGAAAAUAUACUAA